GCGGCCAUUUUGGAUACGGGCAGGCAGGGCAGACGCCGGCAGCAGCGCAGCCGGAGCCCCGCCAAGCAACCAGCGGCCCGGAGCCGUCGGCGCCGAGCUUUUUCUACCAUUUGCCAGGUGUGUGUUGCUGAGAGUGUGCCCAGCAACAUAUGCCUUCUUUGUCAUCCAGGCCUGAGUGUGAUGGGGGAACAAAAGAAAAAGCUUGAAAUGGCAGAGAGAUUCUAGGCCCUGAACCCCAGUGGCACUGCUCUUGCUGUUAGAAUGGUGAGAUGCUCCUGUUACACUGAUGCUGGCAGUGAAAGAAGGCCUGCAGUUUUCUUUCAGUAUUGAUCUCUGCUGCUCUCUUACCAGAUUAUUAAGCUUGGUGUAGCUGAAGGAAAAUGAUGGAAGAGAGUGGAAUAGAGACAACUCCACCCGGCACUCCCCCACCAAGCACAGCAGGGGCUGCUGCUGCCUCAGUUGCUACCAGCACACCUGUCUCAUUAGCUUUAUCCAGUCCCCUCACGUCAUCAAAUAUAUCCUCUCUCCCAUCUUUGCCUCCCGCAGCAUUCUCCACCCUCAACCCACCCCCUGUGCCUUCACAUCCUCCUAUGAUGUCUUCAGCUCCUUUGCCAUUUGUGCCUUCUACAGUAGUUUCUACUUUUGCUCCAUCUUUAACUUCUGUUCCACCUCCGAUUACCCCUUCAGGUGCUGCAGCAUUUAGUAGCUCCAUGUCUAAUUUCUCAGCACCCCCUCCACUAUCUGGUACUCUAGGCUCCAACCUUUCUGCACCUCCUGUGGGUCCCCCCAUUUCAGGAUUUUCUGCUACUUCAACAUACGAUAUUACCAGAGGUCAUGCUGGGCGAGCCCCACAGAGCCCAUUGAUGCCAACCUUUUCUGCACCUACAGGCACAGGUGUUUUGGCAAGUCCUGUUACUCAGCCAGCAACUUUUACACCACUUCUGGGUUCUGGGACUGGUGGUGGCUCUGCAAUUACUUUUCCAGAGGAGCGUGAAGACCCCAGAGUGGCUGACAUGCAGGGUGGAGCAUCUGCUGGAGGACUGUGGGGCUUUAUAAAGGGUGUUGCUGGAAAUCCUAUGGUAAAGUCAGUGCUUGAUAAAACCAAACACUCAGUAGAGACCAUGAUUACAACGCUGGAUCCUGGCAUGGCUCCUUAUAUCAAAUCUGGAGGAGAGCUGGACAUAGUGGUUACCUCCAACAAAGAAGUAAAAGUGGCUGCCAUUCGAGAUGCUUUCCAGGAAGUCUUUGGAAUGGCUGUAGUUACUGGGGAAGCUGGUCAGUCAAAUAUUGCACCACAACCUGUUGGCUAUGCAGCUGGAUUAAAAGGAGCACAGGAAAGGAUAGACAGCUUGCGUCGGACUGGAGUGAUACAUGAGAAACAGCCUGCUGUGUCUGUAGAAAAUUUCAUCGCAGAAUUGCUUCCUGACAAGUGGUUUGACAUUGGCUGUCUGAUUAUUGAAGAUCCAGUCCAUGGGAUUCAUCUAGAAACUUUCACCCAAGCAACACCAGUGCCUUUACAAUAUGUUCAACAGGCUCAGAAUCUUACUCCCGAGGACUAUAACCUGAGAUGGUCGGGCCUAUUGGUGACGGUGGGGGAAGUGCUGGAGAAAACUUUGCUGAAUGUCAACAGGACCGAUUGGCAUGUGGCAUUCACUGCUAUGUCCCGUCGACAAAUGAUCUACAGUGCAGCCAAGGCUCUAGCAGGAAUGUACAGACAGCAUUUACCACCCAGGACCGUUUGAAAGAAGACCUGACACUAAAGAGAACUUCCUCCCCAACCCCCUUUCUGUCUGAUGUGAAAGAAAAGAUUGCAUCUUCAGCUAAACAUUUUAGUCCUUGUUGGAUACAGCACAAUUUUUUAAUCUACCUGUAAAAAUAUAUAUAUUUUUUCUUUUUAGAAAGCAAAGGUAUUGUUUCAAUAAUGGAAAUGAACAACUCCUUUUUUAUCAAUUAUAUUGACUUCUAAUAUGAUGCAUAAAGAGAAAAUUAGAGUGAACUGGUACAGCAGGAUCACAUAGCACUAAAAUUUGUUGGAUGGAGGAUGCAUUUUCAUUUCAGAUAUGUAAUAGGCAUUUGUUGAAAAGUCAAAUUUAAUAUUAUAUUUACUCAAGUAUAAUUUUUAAAGAGGGGUACAAAUAUUUACUAGUUAUGGCAGUAGUAGCCUUGUUCAUAGCAUCUCCAAUGUAUUUUUGCAUUUCAAUUCAGUACCUCUGUGUUGGAUAUUUUCUAUGGACCUAAGAUAAGUAGGUGCUUAGUACUUUCUCUACACGUACAUCAUCUCAGGACUGAUGCUGAGUUAUUUUAAAGUAUUUUAAAAGUGAAUGGUUGAGAGAGAGCAUAAAUGAAUGCCUCUUAUAGUUGAGAUCUGGUCCAAAUUUGAAUUCUUGUCUUCCACUUUUUGUUUUGUUUUAGUUUUUUUGUAGUAUGUAUUCAGUCCAUCUCCCAGUGAAACCAACAGGAAGACUGAGCUGUUUUAAUGAACAUUAGAUCAGACAGGAUGUGCGCAUGAAAAUGUCUCGGCAAUGGAAUUUAACAAAAUUCAUUUACUUAUUUCUUAUCUUUAGACAGUUAUUCUGUGCUUGCAUACUGAAGAGUCUUAAGUAAUUUUUAUCUGUUUUCAUCCAUCAGCAGAUUAGCAAAAUGUGACACUCAUAUCAUUUGCUUUGACAUUCUGUAUUUUUGAAACCAGGUACAGAAUCCUGAAUUGCCUUACAGGUGUCAUGGACUCACUGCAUUUCAUUGCAAGUCUUUGUGGCAUUUCUUCAUAGCUAAAAAUGCCCUAUAUCUAUGCUCAAACAUGAUCCUACAUUUUUAUUCAGAAAGAUGGAGAUACUUGGGAGAGGUAAUAUUUUGAUGAUAGCUUUUUUUUUUUUUUUUUUUUUUAAAAAAAAAAAAAAUAAUUGCUUUGCCUUAAACAAUAGUUUUUCAGCUUAUACUGAUCUGCCUUUAUCUUUUGUAGAUGCUUUCAGAGGACAUUUUUAUAUACUGUUUAGCCAACUCCUGUUUGUACCCAGUGAAAUUCUGUCCUGUUUCCAAGUAAUAUAUUUUGCCAUAAUUGGCUUACAGUGUAAAUUAGAUUUAAAUAAAUGUUUUUUUCC